CUAACGCCUUCCCAGCGGCUCCCUCCCUCCCUCCUCCCCAUGUACCCCGGGACCCUGUGCCCUCCGUCUGGCACAAACCCGCCCUUUAGUCUGGUAUCUCCAGCCUCCUAACCCACAAUGGAGUUGUUUUCUUUCAAAGUCGCCUCAAAUUCCUCGUCAAUCUCUUACUGGAUCGAAGGUCCCCUUUUCACCCAGUCAAAUGACACCUGUUACAGCGGGCCUAUGGGAAGCACAGUGCUGCAGGGAGUGACGUUUGGAGGGAUCCCUACAGUAUUGGUGCUGGAUGUGGCUUGUUUUAUGUUUCUGCUGUUGGCGUUCGCCAUUAUACGGAGGCAUUUCUGGGAUUAUGGCAGAGUUGCGCUGGUGUACGAUGCCGACAGCUCUCCGCACAGCCGCUACCGAAGGCUUUCAUCAUCCUCCGGCGGCGAGGAACUCGAAAGGGACAAUGGUUUUUGCUACUGGAUGACUUCCACCUUCCAAAUGAACGAUGAGGAUAUCUAUGACCGAUGCGGAGAAGACGCCACUCACUACCUCUCUUUCCAGCGCCAUAUCAUUUGCCUGCUCAUCAUCGCCAGCAUCCUCUCCGUAGGCGUCAUCCUUCCCGUGAAUUUGUCUGGGAAUUUACUCGACAAGGACCCCCUGAGCUUCGGGAGGACCACCAUUGCAAACCUCCAGCAUCAUGAUCGCCUCCUGUGGCUGCACACAGUGGUUGCGGUCGUUUAUCUGAUCCUCACUGUGGUUUUCAUGCGCCAUCACCUCUCUGCUAUUAAAUACAAGGAGGAGAAUACGGUUAAACAGACCCUUUUCAUCACUGGGCUGCCCCGGAACGUAGAUAAGGAGACCGUACGCCUUCACUUUAGUGAGGCCUAUCCCAGCUGCCAAGUGGAGGAGGUUAACCUGUGCUACGAUGUUGCCGACCUGAUUCGUCUUUCCAAAGAGAGGAAAAAGGCAGAAAAGAACUUGGCAUAUUUUACCAAUCUGCUGAACAAGACCGGGAGAAGAGUUUUAAUAAACACAAAGCCCUGUGGGCAGUUCUGUUGCUGUGUUGUUCGUGGAUGUGAAAGGGAGGAUGCUAUCGAGUACUACACGAGAGUGAGAGAUGGAGUGAUGGAGGAGUACGCACGGAAGCAGGAGGUGGUUUGCGACAUUCCGCUGGGAAUUGUAUUUGUUACAUUUGCAGACAAAUCAAUGUCGACUCUGAUCCUGAAAGAUUUCAAUGCUGUGAAAUGCAGCGGGUACCGAUGCGCCCAUGAAACCCAGCCCUCGGCCUAUAGCAAACAGCUGGGCACCUCCCGGUGGGGCGUCACCUAUGCCACCUACCCAGAGAACAUAUGCUGGGGAAACCUCUCGUUACAGGGUGUAAAGUGGUGGGCCCGGUGUUUGGGGAUCAACUUCUGCCUCUUCAUUGUGCUCUUCUUCCUAACAACACCCUCCAUUAUUAUCUCUACCAUGGACAAAUUCAACGUCACCAAACCCAUCCAGGCCCUGAAUAACCCUGUGAUCAGCCAGUUCUUCCCCACUCUCAUGCUGUGGUCGUUCUCUGCCCUGUUACCCACUAUUGUAUAUUACUCCACUUUAUUGGAGGCUCACUGGACCAAAUCCGCAGAGAACAGGAUCAUGAUGCACAAAGUCUACAUCUUCCUCAUAUUCAUGGUUCUCAUCCUGCCGUCUCUCGGACUCACCAGUUUAGACUUCUUUUUCCGCUGGCUGUUUGACAGAGCGCUGGAUCUUCAGGGUCCCGUCAGGCUGGAAUGCGUAUUCCUCCCCGAUCAAGGGGCCUUCUUUGUCAAUUACGUGAUCGCUUCGGCUUUUGUGGGCAACGGCAUGGAGCUGAUGCGCCUCCCGGGUCUCAUCUUAUACACCAUCCGUAUGAUCAUGGCCAAGUCUGCUGCGGAGAGGCGCAACAUCAAACAGAACCAAGCCUUCGAGUACGAGUUUGGAGCAAUGUACGCCUGGAUGCUGUGUGUGUUCACCGUCGUCAUGGCCUACAGUAUCACUUGCCCAAUCAUCGUUCCCUUCGGGCUGAUUUACCUGCUGCUCAAACAUAUGGUGGAUAGGCACAACCUAUACUAUGCCUACCUGCCCACCAAGCUGGAUAAGAAAAUCCACUUCUCUGCCGUACGCCAGGCCCUGACCGCCCCCAUCCUCUGCCUGAUGUGGCUCUUCUUUUACUCCCUUUUGCGAAUGGGCUUCACGGCCCCAUCGACACUAUUUACCCUCAUCAUCCUGCUCAUCACCAUACUGAUCUGCCUGCUCUACACCUGCUUCGGCUUCUUCCGGCACCUCAACCCAAUGUACUAUAAGAUUGAAGAGAAGUCAGGAGGAAGGGGAGACUCGCCGCAGGAAGGGCAACCUCGCAAAGCUGCUAUGUAUGUCCCCCAUGUAUUGCUCAGUGCACCCCCGGAACAAACCAAGCUGGGGGUACAGGAGCAGCAGACCUACGGGGCCCUGGAAGAGACUGAUAUGGUAUUUUCCACCGAGGACACCGCUCAGCUUGUCGACUAUGAAGCCUCGUGAAGGAGCAGUUCCAGCAAAACAGCACUAGGGGGAGCGCUUGCACCAUACAGCCAGUGGCCAGCACGGAAAUGGAAGGAAUGGGGGAGAUAAAUAGGAUUCCGGAUACUGAGCAGCUGGGCCGGCUCUAAAGCGCACAUGUUGGGGGGCACGGGGGGGACGGGGCUUUGUUAGGAUUUCCGGGAGGAUUGUUCCUCUGACACUGAGCGGCCCAUUCAGCGCAUCGUUGCCAUUGAUUGGGCGCCCAGCUGUCCCUGCUACAAGGAGCUGCCUGUCUGUACAGAACUGCCCGGCCAGGAUUGGGCCUAUCCAGGGAGGAUUGGGGUGCCCCCUGCCCCCCGUCUGUAUGUGCAACACUCCUGCCUUUGCCAAAGGAAAGAAUCCAAAGCAUUUCUGGGUUUAACCCCCUCCCUGCUGCAUUUCACUGUUAUAUUUAUGUACCUUUUUAAAGGGAAACUUAUUUCUACUAAAACUUUCUAUAAAAAACAAA